GACCUCAAAAAUACGACCGACGAUGCCCUGGGAAACUACCUCCGUGGUUUGAACUUCAAGCAAGACCAUAGUAAGAUCGAUACACGACUAGCACUGGGCUUUACAGGCGUAGUCAUUGCCGGAGCAUUGUUUUACGCGGACUUCAAGCUCGGAUGGGAGGCAACGCGCAGCUAUACCGCUCCAGCAGUAGGCGUGUACCUCGUGCUGAACACCGCCCUGACGGCAUGGAUGUACUUUGUGGAGAAGGGAUUGAUCUUUGAGGGCACUCGGGAUGGGAAGAAGCUCUCAAUCUCGUCGAGUACCAAGAAGCACGAUCCGUCAUACUACCUCGACGUCUCAGUCAGCAGCAAUGGCUCCGAACCAAGCAGCUGGCAGGUCAAGACCCCUUUCACGACCUUCUUCACACGAGACGGAUUCUUUGUUGCUCAACCCUUCCAACAAUGGCUUGCUACCACAGUCGAGGUCGUGGGCAACGCAGAUUUGAAAAAC